AUGAGAUACACACUUUAAGCGUAUCCAAAGUGGUCUAUGGUUAGAUACCUGGUCUGUAAAAGGUUUCGAAAUAAAGUUUUUUGGAAUCAGUCGACUAGAAAGACCUGUUAAAACAUAGUAAUGGAAUGUUUGGCAGCUUCAAUAAAGGUGUGUUCUAUACAUGAGAAGUGCAGGCCUCAACAUGUCCGCUUACUUAUAUCCCUAAUCCUUCAGCAUACACUGUUGCAGAGAUGCUUAUAACAUGGUGAGGUUCAGGAUGAAUUCUCAGACGAUGAGUCUGAUCAGUGUGUUAGCCAGAGUCUGGCGAAAACGUGGCUGCAGGAGACAAAGCCUGGACUGAGCGGGAUGACUUUUUGGUUGCAGGAAUGGAAAUAUUCUUCUACCAGAGGAAAACUAUGUCAAAUUCAACGAGUGGUUGAUGCCCAUCCUGAAGCAGCUGCUGCAGGAGCAGAAGACGCAGGGCGUAAACUGGACCCCAUCCAAGAUGAUCCAUCGCCUAGGAAAGGAGAUAGACAACCCUGAGUCUGUGUGCUACUGGGCCUACAAGAAUAAGAUCCCGGUCUUCAGUCCAGCCCUGACAGACGGGGCCAUUGGAGAUGCUCUAUUCCUGUUCGGAAGAGACACCCCUGGCCUGAUCGUAGACAUUAGUGAAGAUGUGGUGCGCAUGAAUAACCUCGUCCUGGCAGCCAACAGCACUGGCAUCAUCACCCUGGGAGGGGGUGUGGCUAAACAUCACAUCUGCAAUGCCAACUCCUGGAGAGACGGAGCAGACUAUGCUGUGUACGUGAACACAGCUCAAGAAUUUGACGGUUGCGACUCUGGUGCCAGACCAGAUGAGGCGGUGUCCUGGGGCAAGAUCAACAAGAAAGCUGAACCUGUAAAGGUGUUUGGAGAUGCAUCCUUGAUCUUCCCUCUGCUGGUGGCGACGACUUUUGCAGCACAAGCGAAUCAAACGACUUCAAAGUAGACAAUGGCAUUAGCUCAGCUUCAGUGGGUGUGGUGUAUAUCAAAUGUGG